AUGCGUCUCAAGUUUUCGUACGCUGUUCAGCUUCUCUGUACGAAGAGGGGACGUAGGUCUGCUGUUGAGGUGGAGCUUGAGGCUGAUAGGAGGGAGCAGGCUGAGGAGCAGGGGCGGAAUAAGACGGCUGGGGUGCAGGGUGCGGGAACUGGUAGAUCUAUUGGAUUAAAGUUAGUAGUAUCUACUUUCUGGUCAAGCUCUUUAGCAGAGCUGGCUAUAGAUGCUGCUAGUUCAUCCAAAUUAGCAGGAUUUGCAGCGCUGUCCCAAUCAUCUUCACCUGUCGGUGAUGCUAUUGAGGCUAAGUUUGAUAUCGGACGAGUCUGA